GUUUGUUUGGUUUCUUUAAAUUCUCAGCUUCUAUACAAAUCUUUCCCAGUUCUUCUUGAAAUUAGGGUUCCCCUUUCCUUCAGAGGACUAAAAAACCCUAAUAUAUUCUUCUCAUUGACUAAAGAGUUAAACCUACUAUAUCUACUUUGGAAGCAAAUUUCAAAGGUAAGAAAAAAGCCGUUGAAAGAGGAAGAAAGGUACACUUAGAUCGUCAAAUAGCCUAAAGAUCUAAAGGCAGGUAUAUAUAUGUAUACGAAUUCAAAAGCAAAUGGCAUCCUCAUCAUCAAAUACAUACAACUCACCAUGCGCGGCGUGCAAGUUUCUUCGCCGCAAAUGCAUGCCGGGAUGCAUAUUCGCGCCAUACUUCCCACCAGAGGAGCCACACAAAUUCGCCAACGUCCACAAAAUAUUCGGAGCAAGCAACGUCACCAAGCUCCUCAACGAGCUACUCCCUCACCAGCGUGAAGACGCGGUGAACUCCUUAGCCUAUGAGGCCGAGGCACGGGUCCGUGACCCUGUCUAUGGCUGCGUCGGAGCCAUCUCUUACCUCCAGAGACAAGUGCAUAGGCUUCAGAAGGAGCUCGACGCUGCUAAUGCUGACUUGGCUCACUACGGUCUGUCCACGUCACCACCUGGUAAUAACGUCGUCGACAUGGUGUUUCAGCCUCAGCCACUUCAGCCACAGACGUUGAACCCGGUUUAUAGGCUUUCCGGGGCGAGUCCGGUGAUGACUCAGCAGCCACGUGGUACUGGAGGGUCGUAUGGGAGUUUUCUCCCUUGGAAUAAUGGUCAUGAUCAGCAAGGAGGUAACAUGUGAGAGUAUAUAAAUUAUGUGUGUGUUCAAUCUAUUCAUCUCUCUACUUAUAUUAUGUGUGUGUGUGUGGUAAGAAUACAAUAUAAUAAGCUGGAAAUUUUUCUAGCCAAUUUUAUAAAUCCAUGGACAAUUCUAAUAUGAUGAGGUAUAUAUUAUGGUUUCCG